UCAUAGAAGUGAUUUCAUCCAAGAGAACUACACUCAACAUUUUUUUGUUUCCUUGGCAAUUCAAUUCAAAAUGAGUGAACCAACAAGUGGGCAAUUCCAGGAGCAGCUGGCCGAGGGGGUCAGGCCCUAUAUUGAUUUAAUAGACUACCUGAGAUCCAUUGGGAUUGAUCAGGACCUACCACUGCCGGCUAUUGCUGUGGUGGGAGACCAGAGUUCAGGAAAGAGCUCUGUGCUUGAGGCCCUCUCUGGGGUGGAACUGCCCAGAGGGAACGGUAUUGUCACCAGGUGUCCAUUGGAACUCAGACUCUGCUAUGUUAGCGGAGUGGCUUGGAAGGCUGCCAUCUCAUACAGAGACAAAUGUAUUAAUGUCGGUAACCCCUCAGAAGUCGAGAAACACGUUAAAGAAGCCCAGAACGAGUUAGCCGGAGAGGGAGUGGGGAUUUGUCAUGAACUGAUCAGUCUGAAGAUCAUGUCCUCUUCAGUGUGUGACCUCACUCUGAUAGACUUACCUGGGAUCGCCAGGGUACCUGUGCAAGGACAACCAGAAGACAUUGGAGCCCAAAUCAAAAGUCUCAUUCUGAAAAUCUUAGCAAAACAAAAAACCAUUAACCUGGUGGUGGUGCCAUGCAAUGUUGACAUAGCAACAACAGAAGCUCUGAAAAUGGCCAAAGAAGUGGAUCCUGAAGGCACAAGAACUCUGGCCAUUCUGACAAAGCCAGACCUGAUUGACAGGGGAACAGAGAAGGACGUGUUGGACAUUGUUCGCAAUAAAAUCAUCCCUCUCAAUAUGGGCUAUGUUAUUGUGAAAUGUCGCGGUCAGAAACAAAUUAACGAUGGCGUCACCAUAAAUGAGGCAAUUGAGGAUGAGAUGGACUUCUUCCAAAAGCACGACGAAUUCAGCUCCCUCCUGCACGAAGAAAGGGCAACCACCAAGUGCCUAGCUGCUAGACUCACUCAAACCCUGGUCAACCACAUACAAAAAUCCCUGCCGCAGAUGUCUGAUCAGAUAAAACAGCAGCUGUGGGUUUCUCAGACGGAAUUGACUAAGUAUGAGGGUGGGCCUCCCGUGGAUCCUGUAGAGAAGAGGAAGUACCUCAUCGAGGUAAUAAAACAUUUCAAUUACAAGAUUGAUCAGCUGUGCAGAGGGGAGCUGAAAAACGAGGAAAAUCUAUUCAUCAACAUGCAAAAAAUAUUUGCAAAAUGGUUUGAAAAGCUUGGACACUCCAAAACAGGCUACCACAAAAUGACCCAAGAUGUGGUCAAUGAAUUUGACCAGAACCACAGGGGAAGAGAACUUCCAGGUUUCAAUGACUACACUUCAUUCGAAAGGGUUGUUCAGGAACUGGUGGGGGAACUGAAAAAUCCAGCUAUGGAGACACUACAGAAAAUCAAAGAUCUAGUGCAGAAGCACUUUGCUGUUGUGUCCAAAAAUUGCUUUGAGAAUUAUCCUUGCCUUCUGCGUUUUUCAAUGACCAACAUCGAUGACAUCCAGAAACAGCAGUUAACCAUUGGGAUGGACAGGAUCAAGGAGCAGUUUGAGAUGGAGAUGCAGGUUUACACACAGGAUGAAAUCUUUGUCCAAACACUGAUACCAGAGCAGAAGGAAACCCCAGGGAAAACAGACUGCUCAGGUUAUGACAGCAGGAGCAAAUACCCUGAACUGCUCAAUUCAUACUAUGAGAUAGUGGUGCAGCGACUGGCGGACCAGGUGCCCAUGCUGAUCCGUUACUUCAUCCUGAAGGAGUCAGCCAGGAUCCUGUCCAGUGAGAUGCUGGGUGUGCUGAACAGAGAAGACUUGGACGAGAUGCUGAAGGAGGAAUCAGAGAUUGGCCGGAAACGUGAAGCCUUGCGGGAAAAAGUAAAGCGCCUUGGACUGGCGAAUGACAGGAUCAGUAGCCUCUGAGAACAGAAUGGUUGGAUCAGUAGCCUCUGAGAACAGAAUGGUUGGAUCAGUAGCCUCUGAGAACAGAAUGGUUGGAUCAGUAGCCUCUGAGAACAGAAUGGUUGGAUCAGUAGCCUCUGAGAACAGAAUGGUUGACAUUGUGAUGUAGCCAACGAGGGCUGAAUGACUGUCCCACAAUAAUUUUACCUGCAAUUAAUCAACAUACAGAAUAUUUUAAAAGAUGGACAUUUUAAUGCUGUCAAACUUGGGAUUCAGAGCAUUGAAAAUGAUAUGAUCAUUGUCACAGACCACAGCUAUACUCUCAAGAGCUCUGGCCUGUUAUACUAUCAUCACAUAUCCGCAAACGUUUUAAAUCUCAAAAUUGACAAAUUAAAUUUGUGAAGGCUGUUGAUAUUAUUCAAACUGACAAAUCGUCACUGACCUACAGUAAGUAAACCUUGUAUCUCCAAAACGUAAACUUUUCAGGAAAUAGAAAAACAGCCGUUCGUAUUGAUGAUCAUAGAAUCACAAAACUUCAGAAGCUAUUUGAGUACAGAGGGACUACUUUCAAUUAAUGUAAAAAUGUUGAUUAAUUAAUUAAUAUUAAUUAAUUAAUGGCAAAAAUGGAGUUGCAGGGUUUUCUUUCGACAGCAACAAAUGGAAAUAGAUGUGGUAUCCCUUCCUUUUCUAAUUGGUCGAAGGGGCAUCAGCAUUGAGAAUGUUAUAAUAGCAUAAUUUAUACUUGAUGCCUGUUAGCAAUUAACAAUGGUGAAAAUGGACAUCCUUGUCUGGUUCCUCUUUGCAACUGGAAUGGUUUAGAUGUAUCCAUUAGUUACAGUGCCUUCAGAAAAUAUUCAGACCAAUUGACUUUGUCCACAUUGUGUUACA